AUGAGUGUUUCAAGGGAGAUUUGUCAUUGGCUUGUGUCUUCCUCUUUCUCUCUCUCUUUCUCUCUCUCUUUCUCUCUCUCUCUCACUCUAGGGUCUUUGUCUCAUCCUCUUCCUUGUCACCAUUCUAUGGAGUUUAAGGAGUUUUGUGAGUUAUUGUGGUCUUCGAUGUCUUUCCCCUCUUUUAGGGCCAUCUGCUAGUGAGGAACAAUAAGCAUUAUCAUGAGUCAUCAAUAGGUUACUAUUGACUAAUGUUCAGUCAAUAUUUAUUUCCAUUACGACUCUAUUCUUCUAUCUUUCUCCCUCUAUUAUCUAUUAUUUUAUUCUCUUCCUCUUGAGACUUAUUUUUCUCUUUUAGUAUCAACAUACACUUGAAUAUCUGAGGAGUUAUUGAUAAUUAUAAAUUAGUAGUUACAUCUGUGCAUUAAUAUCUUAUAUAUAAAUGCUAAUUAAUAGGUAAAGAAUAUAACUAUACAUAUGUUACGAACUUAUUAUGACAUUCAUAAUAUUUUAUCAUUUAAGUUCUAAUGUAUAUUAUUUGACUUAUUUUAUUUAUAUUAUGAGAUUAAUUUCACUUGACUUUUAUGAAGUUAAGUGAUGAUUCUCUCAUAUUUUUUUAAUAAUUAUUUGAUUGCAAAGACUUAGGUGAGCUCUUAUUAUGAGUUGGAAGUAAUGGAAGAAGCUCAAGCUUUCAAUCUAAUGAAAAGUUCAAGUCUUAUGGAGAGGGCCGGCCUAAUAUAUUUUUGGGCUUAAGAGAGGGUGUCAUCUUGGCCUAACUCAUUUGAACUUAAAAUGCUUAUCAAGAGAUGAGAUCUCACCUAUCUUAAAACGUCUUAAGAUAAGAUUAAGAGAAGAAUUAGAGUGUCGCCCUCAUAGAAUGAUUUGGGCUGUCCAUCAAGAGAGUCGAUUAUUAAUUAUAACCAUCUAUUAGAGGGGCCUAACUCUUGAGAGGAUUAAGACAUCUCAUCCCCCUCUUGGAGGGUACUUUUUGGCUCUCUCUUUAGCAGUGGCUAGUAGAAGGAAAUAGGAGAAAAAUUAAGGCCUGAUCGAAGGCAUUCUCAUGCCCAAGAUCAUCGUGGAGAAGAGAUUACUUAGAGUGCAUCAAGAUCGUCACAGAUCAAGCAUUACUAGGCCUAAGAUUGGCAUACAACGAGAUUUGUGUAAGAUCUAAAUUUAGAGAAUCCUUGUAAUCCUCUCUAUGGAUUGAUUAACUUUUAAUUUGAACUAGUUUUAUCAUUUAUUCUAUCAUUUCAUUGUGUUAGAUUUAUUCUUUCCUUUUUGUCAUGCUUUUCAUAACUCUUGUCUUCAUCUUUUUACAUUUAAUUCUGUCCUUCACAAUCUCAUGUAUAUAUAUAUAUCUAUAUAAAAAAUAAAAUAAAGAGAAUUUGUACUCUCAUUAACCAUGCUCUUUGUGGAUCGACCCUUAAUUAUACUAGAUAGAGGAGUGAGGUUUUAUAAAUAUUAUUUACAUGAGCUUAGUUACAUUACUAUGACAUAUUUAACCUCCAAUUCUAGUUCAUCAGUUAUCCUCCUUUUCUAGUUAAUGGAGGCAUGAGGAGGGUCAACAAAACUUAGGUUUCUAUCAUUUUGGUAUUAGAGCCAAUCCUUCCUCUUAGGAUGGCACCACAUCAAUUAGAUUUACGUGUUGAGAGAGUUGAAAAGGAUCUCAAAGAACUUUGUGAAUAAUUUUCUCAAAUUUUAGACUUAGAAUUACAUGUGGAGCAAUGGUUCAAUGUCACGGAUGUCAUUCUUUCUUAGAUUCAACUUGCCCUACAAUAGUUGACUUCUCAAUAGUAUAGUUCAGACAUUCCAUCUUCAUCUGCUGAUCUCAUCUCUACCCCAUCAACGUGUGCCAAAAUGACAUAGGCAUUUGCACCUAUAGCUACUCACCUUGGAGCAUCAGACCAUAUAGAGUAAGCCAUUGAUAAGUCUUCAUUAUUAUGAAUUAAUAAUUAGUAAAUAAUAUAGUUUUAGCGUUAACUCAUGAUAAAUAUACUUAUAUUUGUGUUAAAAUGUGAAAAGUAGUUUUCAAUUGUCUAGUGUGAAUUUUUGGCUAAUUAUGUAAUUUUUUAUGAAUUUGUAUGAUUUUUAUAGUCUUAUUUUUGAGAUAAAUGAAGAAAAAGAAAUUAAAAUAAAAAUAUAACAAAAUGGGAGGGACUUGUUGGCCAGUCGGGCCCACAGUGAGUUAGAAGCAGGUUGGAAGCAUAAUUAGGGGGAGCUACGAGCAGGGGCUCGAGCGACUAGAACUGAUGACGGCACGUGUGCGCCACUUUCUUUUCACAUCACUAGUGGCCAGCCGACUAUAGGACGAGAAGUGGUCGUACAUGCGGGAGAAAAGGACUCAUUGCUUGGAAAUGUGA